AAGGCCUUGGCGGGGAGGGUGAGGGACAGGGAGAGAGGCAGGCGGCAGACAGGCUGAUCCACCCUAAACACAGCUACAGUAAAAGUUGAGCAUACAGACAGAAAGAGAGGGAGAAGAGUGUUCGGAAAGGAAGGAGAAAUGGGGCAGAAAGACAAGAAGGAGGUUAAGAAGAGGAGAGAUGAAAGCCCGCCGCCGGAGGACAGGAAGAAGUGCAGGUUCUGUCGCUUCCCUCUGCUUGUAGCCCUGCUCCAGCUGCUCUUGGGGGUGUCCGUUACAGUCGUGGCCUUCCUCAUGUUGGCCAUCAGCCCCUCACUCCUGGCCAGGGAGACGCCACACUGGGCUGGGAUCAUUCUGUGUAUAGUUUCCAUCGUGGGCUUCAUCCUGUAUUUCAUCACCUAUCUGCCAGACGAGAGGACAUCCCUGCAGUUCAUUCUCAAGCUCCUGUAUUUCAUCCUGUGCACAAUCGGCCUGGUCCUCUCAGUGCUGGUCAUUGCAUUUGCUGGACAUCACCAUGCUCAGACCAGCAGCUUCAGCUGUGAGCCGGAUGGAGAGGACUGCGUGUGCAAACUGGAUCACACCGACCCAAUAGCUCGCACGUUCACCUACGAGGGAGUGAGCGACUGUGGGGAGAUCACUGACACUCUCACACUUUACUUUGUGAUCCAGAUCGUGCUGAAUCUGGCCCAGGCCUUGGUGUGCGCUGUGGGAGCCUUCAUCAUGUGGAAGCACCGUUACCAGGUCUUCUUUGCUGGUCUUCAGAUCGGCUCUCCCUCAUCCCAGCAGUGGCAAAAGGUUUAAUGUGGCGAUCCGAGAGUUGAUGAGUUGACUCUGAUCAGACAGAUCAGGACGGAGGAGGACACUAACCGUGUCAUUACACUCUGAAGGACAGGGACUUUUGCCUUUAAGUGUGUGUGCCUUAAGUGUGUUUCCUUUGAUAUCACUUUAUAUUAACCUUCUGUGGCAGUUGUACUUUAAAGGCACUUUGCACAAGUUUUAUAAAGCAAAUAAGUCAC